GCAAAAAAGAUGGCGGGCUAGGCACAUGUAAUUUUCUCGGCUCUCCAGCGAAUCUUGGCUUUACAUUAGAAUUCAACCUUUUUAUCAUCCCGAUCAUUACGUCUCUGUGUGCAUCCGUGCAAUGGCAGCAAAAAAAGGUUCCAAUAUCCCGAAAAUAGUGAUUUCAGGGCAAAAAGGGAUGGCUAAAACAUCGAACGCUCUUGCUGAUCACGAGUACGUCAUGGAAGUCUCCCACGUCGAUCAUACAGAGAAACGCAAAGACCUUUCAUCCUUACAGAACACCCCAACAAAAACAUCAGCUAAAAAACAGAAAAAUGACGAGAGCCCCGAGGUUUCUAAUGCAACUCUUAUGGAAAUUUUAGUUGCCAGAUUUUAUUUACAAGAUGGCAAGCUGAGUAGCAUUGAGCGUAAGAUUACUGAGAACAGUCUACUGAUCGUCAGCCUGACAAAAGCUGUGGAGUUCAACGCGGCGGAGAUAAAAGACUGUAAAGCUAAAAUUAAUUUGUUUGAUAAACAACUUAACUCCGUUACCACAUCUCAUGCAGAUCUGAUAAACCGCACGUCGGAGCUCGAACGCUACAAAAGACGAUGGAACCUCAGAAUUAUCGGAAUGAAGGAAGUAGAUGGAGAAGAUAUCCGAAGAGAAGUCAUCUCACUCUUAGCGGAAAUUGCUCCUCACCUGCACCACAAGCUUGAAGAGAUUGUGGAUACAGUCCACCGCAUUGGCCCCAAAAUGAAGGAUAACUCCAGACAGGUGAUCAUUCAGUUCUGCAUGCGGAAAUACAGAGACGAGUUCUGGCGCUCCUCUAAAGGCUCGGAUGUCUGUAAACGCAAGGGUGUAAAGUUCACCAAAGAUUUGUCUAAAGAAGAUCGUGAAGCCCGCGCUGCACUUUGGCCGAGGAUUAGUGAGGCUAGAGCUGCAGGGAAGAAAGCAUACUACCGUGGUCCCUAUGGCUACAUAGAAGGCACACGGAUCAUCAAGGAAGGUUGAUAUCAACCACGUUCAUCCUCCUGGCAGGAGGUGUAAAAGUGAAGGCUUGUUAUAUUCUUCGCUGUUGAGCGAGAUCGUUACAGUGCUUUGUUUGAGAGAAACUUAGCCUAUUCUGUGUGCUUAGAGCACGGUUAAGCAUUUUUCAUUUGUUUAUUUAUAUUUUAUUACGUAUAGGCUACUUAAUUGUAUUUAUUAUUUGUUUCUUUCUGUUAAAUGUUCUCAGUGAAAUCGUAUUUUUCAUGUACUUCUUUAAACGCAAGGGGCCUCCUUAACUCUAUCAAAAGGAAAGCUUUCUUUCUCUUCUGCAAAAGCAAAAACUCACACUGUACCUUCUUGCAAGGAACUCAUUCCAGCCCUGAUGACGCAAAGUUCUGGGCGAGUCAAUGGGGGGACAGGAUAAUCUUCAGCCAUGCUUCUACGAACUCUGCAGGAGUGGCAAUUCUAUUUAACAACCUGCCAGGCAAGAUCAUAAAGAUGCCAUACCUCUAGGUGUCAACUCUGGUCUGGUGGAG